UUUGGGGGAAAAAAAAAAAAAAUUUUAAACCAAACUAAACAAAAGAUCCGAUUCAAAAAGCUAGGUCAUCUGUUCCAUUUCAACUCCACCUCACCCUCUAAAAAUCAAACUCGUCCGCCACAGCAUUUCCUGGUGAAAAUGGAGAACCCAGCUGUGGAUCAGCUUCCCGAAGCGCAUUCUUUGCCUGAUGGGUUUGUUGAUAGCUCUGUGGAACCAUUGGCUCCUUCAACACCAAUGCUUGAGCAAGAAAUGCCCUUAACUGAUUAUAAAGAGGAGAAAUUAGUAGAACCCGAUUCGAGUCCUGAUUUAGUAGUGGGUGAGCUUCAGUCAAGUGAGGAAAAAACAGAAAAGAGUGAGAAUUCUAGAACUUUUCCGGUCACAUUAACAGAAAAUGAUGCUUCUGAUCCUUUGCCCGAGUUGGGAGAAGUGGAUGGCUGCGUGGAGGAUGUGGUGAGGGAGUCGGGCGAGCAACUGGCAGGCUCAUCUUGUGGAAAACUGCAGGAUCAAAAAAAAUGUCAUAGUUCGGAGAAAGCAAUUGAAGGAGGCUCAGACACACAAGCAGCCCACAUGAAUGAGAUAUGUAAAACUGAAAGUGCUGGAAACAACAGAAAAUUAGUUAAUAACAUCUUGCACAACAUCUAUCAUUCUUGUGGGAUUCUUUUCUUACAGAAGAAAGUUUCCACUGACAAUUUUCUAUCUCAGGAAACUUCUGAAGUAAAACGUAAGAACACAAAGCGGACCUUUAAAUCUGAAAAGGAGUUUCUAGAGUUCACAUUGAAAUAUCAACAAGUUCUUUCAGAAAGAGAUGCAGCCAUUGCUGUUCGGGAUAAACUUGAGUCAUUAUGUCGGGAGUUGCAACGUCAGAACAAAAUGCUAAUGGAUGAAUGCAAACGAGUAUCAACGGAGGGGCAAAACUUGAGAUUAGAUCUAUCAAACAAGUUCCAAGAUGCAAUUAAGGAAGUAAGCCAUAAGCUGGAAGAGCAAAAGGAUGAAUCCCUGUCUCAGCUGAAGGAGAAUGAGAUGUUAAGAAUCAAGUUGAAGCAGCUAGCUGAUCAGUAUGCUCUUUCCGAACAGCAAUAUGCACAGAAGCUGAAGCAGAAAACACUGGAACUCCAGAUUGCUGAUUUGAAAACUCAGCAACAUGAGGAGAAAUUGCUCCAGGAACAGUCCCAGCUGAAGUUUUAUGCAGAACAAGUGUCAGAAUUAUUGGCAAAUGAAAAGAAUUUGCGCUUGCAGUUAACAGCUGAUGGAGAAAAAUUCCAACAAUUUCAGGAUGCUCUGGUGAAAAGUAACGAAGUCUUUGAAACAUUCAAGCAAGAGAUUGAGAAGAUGGCAAAGUCAAUAAAGCAACUCAAAAAGGAGAAUGCCUUCUUGAAGAGCAAAUCUGAGAAAUCAGACAUUACUCUCAUAGAACUUGUUGAGGAGCGCGAGCACUUGAAGAAACAACUGGAGAAAACAAAGAAUCAGAAGGAAAAGCUUGAAUCACUGUGCCGGUCACUUCAAGCAGAAAGGAAGCAAAAUUCCACAGGAGGGGGAAGCAACACUGAUUCUGUAGCAGUUUGAACUUGGAGAAAGAUUCAACUAAGUUAAAAGAUUUAUGGAAAGGUAUUUGGGAGUCCGUUUAUAUCGUACUGCGAUUUGCCUGUGGCUCCUCCCCAGGACUGACCAACAAAUCCAUUGAUCAUAUCAACUGUGUAUCAAAUAUAUAUGUAAAAUUUUUUUGGGAUAACUGUUUUUUGUUGUAUUCAACUGUAUCCAUGUUAUCUGUAGUGGAUUUGAAACUGAGGUUGAGACAGUAUCAAUUGGUGUUGAUUAAAGUGAUACUUCGCUUAAAUUACAUGAAUUAAUGAUAUAAUUUACCGUUUCCUAUUCUA